CAUCAUGAUUACACUUCCCCGGAUACCUCUUUAUACAUGACAGCAGUGAUUUCACUCCCACCCAUGGUCUCGUCCCUAUUGGGAAGUAAUGUGCCCAGCCCACCUGAUGCAUUGAGGUCAAUCCCCACAAAUCCCCAGGUUGCAGGCCAACAUUCCCCGCGAAAAGCUUCCAAUCUUAACAAGCCAAGAUAGCGCCAAGCAGCUAAGGCUGAGGUGGUUGUCCAAGCGUAUCCAGCGCUGGCAAGCCACACUAGUCGGAGUUGCCGUUCAAGGUGGUAUUUCCUCUGGAAUCGGCCCGCCCUUGAUGCCCAGAGGCGCUAACCAUCCCAAACCCAACCUGGACGCGGGGGGUCGGAGUGAAUUGGUGUGACGACUACGGAACCAAUUGAACCAUCGGAUUCACACAAAGGAUGCCAGUGAAUUACUCGCACGGGGAGGGUCAGAAGGUCAUGAACAUGAUCCGUGGGCCUCGCGUCCAUGCAAGAGUGGCACCUCGUGCGCGAAAAAUUGUAUCAGCCAAGAGGAUUAGUUUUGAGUCAAUUUUAAACUUAUUUCCCCAUGCUCUUGUGGGGGUUUUUUGUUUCUCUCUCUUUCUCCUGGGGUGUGGAGGUCGUACGAUACUGGGAGGGAGAAAGGAAGCCCUACAUGACCUCAUUUGGAAGUUGUUUGUAAAUGGGCUAUUGUCGGCCACGUUCGUGAUUCUGGCCUGUGAAUCGGUUUGGUAAUUGUUUAGGUGAUCUGAUCAGCGUGUGUCCACCUCCUUACAUCUCAACCGAGCAUUCUUCAAGACACAUAAUCCUGUCGAAGGGCAGGCAUUCGCAUCCUGCGUUAAAAUUCUACCUCGGUGUUCCCCAUCGCGGAAUUCCUCCGACCACGGCAUCUUCGAUUUUGAAUCACAAAUGGCUAUCAAAACCCCCCCGAUACUGCUUCGGGAGACUGGGUCGGCUUUCACCUCGCAUGUCUGGGCGAGCCUCAAGACUGCCCCGCCGAAGAUCCGGAGAAGCCCCUCGUGGCGCCUCUUGGCACAAAGGGCUUCGGAACAGAAGCAAGUCUUGGAAAAACGUUGUCAAGAACCAGCGGAAGGCUUGAUCGUGGGAACCAAACUUAACUCCUCGGGUGGAUUCGGGAGCAUGGAACAAAGAAAAAAUCGUAAGAUGUGACCAUAAGAUAACUCAUUUGGGGAGGAGUCGUGGUGGAAGUGAAACUUGGUCCUGGCGGAGAGAUUUUCCUUUCGGGAUCUUCUUGUCGCAAAUCAGGCCUUGGGCGCUUCGUAUAUUCCCUGUCAGACUAACCAGACACCGAUAAAGAAACUGCGACUGUUUCUCUGGUCCUUAUUGGUCGCGGUUAUCUUUCCAUGUGGGUCAACGCUGGCUAUUCCGUGUGAGAUGUUGGUUCAUGCUCAU